ACCCUUAGAAUGAGUGGUCAUGUGUGCGGUUGUCAGCUGACAGCACAGGAGGAAGGGAAGAGCAAGAACAGAGAAAAUUGAAGGCGAACAUCGGUCUUAAUAUCUGGCUUAUUGUACAGACAACAAUGGAGUCGACGUUAGAACAGCACCUAGACGACACUAUGAAGAAUCCUUCCAUCGUCGGCGUCCUCUGUACAGAUCAACAAGGUCACAAUUUAGGAUGCCGGGGGUCUCUCUCGGAUGAGCACGGCGGGGUGGUGUCUGUUCUGGCGCGACAGGCAGCGUCGCUGAUGAGGGACCCCACCGACACCCCCACCGUGUGCCUGGAGUCCGACUCGGGAAACAUCUUGAUGAAAACCCAUGGGAGCAUCACAGUCGCAGUCCACAAAAUGGCCUCCUGAUGUGGCCGUCGAAGAAAGGCUGAUUAUUUCUCGCAGUUUGUCAUGGCUUAAUGUUGCGUGUACUCAAGAGGUCAUAGGGUGAUGAUUCGUGCUGUUUUCUAUCCACACAAUGCGAUUCUGAAGUCAAAUCCAACAGAAGAAGCCCUACUUUCUCAUCUAACCCAAAUUAGCCUGACACUUAAUUAUUGGAGGAUUUGUGUCAGUCUUUGCUUUGGAUAUAACAAUGUCAGACUGUCAAGCCACUGACUGACUAGUUUAAUGGUGUUCAGAUCAUGUAUUUAAAAAGUUCCUAUUCUCUUUGUAAAGACCUUACUAAAGUCAGCUAAUAUGAUGUACUGUUUAGAUGUUUUUGUCUCCCUUCAGUGCUAAUGCUUUUGUUUACCAGAAAAGCAAAAUCUUAGGACUGAACAAGGAGACUUUGAACUAUUGUAUGAAAUAAUGCUUGUGAAAUAUUUUUCUGAAAACACAUUUAAUAUUUUCUUUAACAAUUUAUGGCUUUUAUUAAAGACUACUGAGGAGACUA